GCCGGAUUCUGUGAAUCUUGCAAUAAGUAAUACAAAAUACGAAAGAUAUUCAGGAACAAAGCAAUACGACGAUGAGAAUCCAAUGUCACGAGAUAAAAUUUUCAAAAUAAAUCAAAUUUAAGGAUUACAGUAAAUCCCCGCAUAUAAGAACCUACAAAAAUAAGAACCUAGAGGCUGUUUUUUCUAAAUUAUGCACCUUGUAAUUAAGAACCUGUUUCAGUGUGAUAAAAUAUAAUAGGUCCUUAUCCCAAUGGCAAAAAAAAGUUUUCAAUGGUCCUUAUUCUCUCCCAGAUUUUUAAAGAUGAGGUAAAUCACAAUCGGUAUAAAAAUUUUCAGUUGUGCAUUUUCAGCAUUUUAUACACUUUAACGGAAGAGAACUUUGAAAUCAUUUUGACUUUUUAACAUAAUUAUAUAUAGCAAAAUGUUGAAAAAUGAAAUAAAAGCAUUAGAGUUCAUAAUUUUCAUUUCCUGAGGACGUAUGAGAUCAUCUCCAGAUCCAUCCACGGUCAUAAGGCAGCCAGUGCGCUCAAAUGUCUUCCUGUAAAUAUCUUUGUAAUGUUGCAUUGAUAACAUUGCCAAAAGGAAAAAAACAAAUUUUAAAUAAGGGAUCCUUCGAAUAAGAACCUUCAUACCCUGAAAUUAAUCCAAGUACCUUUCCAAUAAGCACCUACUUCAGCCUGAACCUCAAAAAAGUAGGUUCUUAAAGGCAUUGAGUCAUGGUAAAUAGGCUUUCUCUAUAGGGGGUCAUUUGGUUUCGGCGUGAUCGCUGCUGUUUCAUGUGAUAUUGGCAUCCGUUGUUGACAACUUGCUAUUGAUGGAAACUGUUAUGUUAAUCAGUACGAGGUGAGUUCAUGUGACCAGUUCAAGGUCAACCAAUAGCAUCACAGUCAUGGAAAUCAUGACUCAGCGGAUUUUGGCACUUAGGGUCAACCCAGUCUAUUUAUCAUGACUCAAUGCCUUUAAAUGCGGGGAUUUACUGUAUACUAAUAUUUCGCCCCGGCAUACAGGGCUUCAUCAGAGUAAAUGAAACGAAUGUAUGCUUCCUGAAGUUUUUAAACCCGGUAUUCUCACGGCAAUUAAGAAAACUUUUUCAAGAUUGACAAAGUUUGUCAGACUUCUUGUUCGCAUUAGGCAGUUUUCUGAGAUGUUGUAUUGUUAUCUAGCACGUUAUCAGGUUGCCAUUAAGAAAUUGUACCUUUUUGAAUUGUGACAUGAUAUCAAAUAGCACCCUGGGCUUUUUUAUUGGUGUUAACAUAAUUCUGACAUGUCCGUCGAGUCACCCGCUGGUUAUCAUAGAUUUUCACGAGAUUUUGAUGUUCCAUUGCUCUACGACGGAGCCUUUGACCAAUUAGUCGAAACGUUACAAUUUGUCAGAUUUCAGAUUUUGCUGUUCGCACUCUACCAAUUAAACUACUUCCUGACAAACCCUUGCCGCCUUUGAAGAUAGAACAAUAAGGGAUUAGCAUUGUCAGGUUUCUAGAUGCAGUGCGAAUAGGGCCAUAUCAUAUUUGCAGUGCGAAUAGGGCCUUACACAUGUGCAGUCAUGUGAUGGCCUGUGGGUGUUGUUGAAAACACAAAUUCCAUGACCAUAGGCGCCGGAAGCUUCGUGAUGCGGCGGGGGCAGGAACUGCAGAAAGGGCACUUUGUCAGGGUUGCCAUUUGGGAUUAUUCAAUCCCAGAUUUCACAAAACUGGGACUGUGGAAAAGCUGUUGGGAUCAGAAAUUGAUAUCUGGGAAUCAAAGUAAAAAUUGGGAUUCACAUCGACUGUUACACUGAUUGAAAAUUUGAAAGUUAUCUGCUGUUGAUCUGGUUCAUCAUACUUCAUACACAAUGCCCAAGUUUAAGUCUUCAUACUGUGUAUUUUGAUGCAACUCAAUUCUUAUGUCAACUAACUCGACUAUUUAUGUCAAAUUAAGCAACCGUAACAUUGAAUAAUGCAUAAUUCAUUGCCCAGGAAAUAUAGAAGGCAAAGCUGCAGAGGGAUAUCUAUCCCUUUCUAUAACCUAUGCGAAGGAAUCUACUUUUGAAAAAUUUGGGAUUGAUUAAGGAUUGAGUUUCAGAAACUUUGGGAUUGAGGAUCUGCCAGCACUUGACAACCCUGCUUGGGGUGUUGAAGUUUGCUGUUGAAACACAUCGGGAAUCGUCGUUUAGUUUAGUCAACGACAAAGCCUGGUUUUAGGUGAUGGCCUUGCCAAGGGAGGCAGGGUCGGCGGUCUGUGGACGUAGCCCCCAGGGAAAUUGUGGGUUGUUAGGCCCUAAAGGCUCUCAGAAAUAAAAUUGGGGCCGGCCUGCACAAGAUUAGGGCAGGAGGGGCAGUGUUGGAGCCGAAGGCAAAUCAUUGAAUUUUUCUAUUAACAUAAUCGAGCAUUCCUAGGUGGGAGGGGGGCGAGGGCGGGGUAUCAUAAUAAAAUAUUAACUUGAAUAUGUGCCACCCAUACAGCUGGGUUUUUACCAUCAAAGAUUCUAAACAUAAAGAAAAUGUUAACGAAAUUGUCAAUAUAUGAAAAUGGUUAUUAAAUGGCCUUGUCACUCACUAUUCACAAUAUUUGGUUUUAUAAAAAUCAUGGCUGUUAUAAAUGGGCUGGUUGUAAAAUUUUAUUUGCCCGCCAAGUUUUUAUACCGAUUUAUCCUCCUUAUGUUCCUUGAGUACUUCUGAGGGUACACAUCUUUUGUUUAUCAUUUAUUAUCUUUGCCGCUCUCUCUCUUGUGAUCUUGUCACAGACAAUCUUUUCAUUCUCUGCAUUUUUGUGCUGGUAUUAUCAUCUUUCUGGUAUUUUCUAAUAGAUAUUAACAUAACGAGAGUAGUCAACAUAUUCCAGGGCACUGCUUGCCCCCUCUGCCCCUGUUCGAAGACUGCCCCUCCAGCCCCCCUUGUGUAGGCGCCCCUGAUUGCUGGGGAGAACAGAGUGAGUCUAAUACCCAGGGUUAGUGCCCAGCAGAUGUCAAGCACAGCACAAGUACAACCACUGAUCUAAAAAAAUUUUUUUAGAUCAGUGAAUACAACCGAAUACUCCAGCCCCAUCUUCAAGAAGAGGCUUGCCCUGAUCAGGUCUUGUUGAAAUGGAAAAUUGAAACCAAAUGUUUGAAUCAAAGUCAAAGCUGAACAGAAUAAUGGAGAAAAUACGAGUUACUAAGGUCACCUGGAUAUCUCCACGGGUUUUGCUGUAUGUAGCUGGAUUUCUGGAUUUGUUUGCUGUGUCUCUUUUGGUACCGCUUCUUGCGCAUGAAGUUAGAAAAUAUGGUGCUUCUCCAACAAUGGUUGGUUUGUUCUUAUCAAUCUAUGGAGCUCUCCAGUUACUAAGCAGUCCACUGAUGGGGCAGGCAAGUGACCUGUUUGGGCGGAAGCGAGUUCUGUCAUUUUGUUUGCUUGGAAGUGCUAGUGGAUAUUUUCUACUUGGCUUUUCGCAUUCGUUGGUCUUCAUGUUCCUUGCCAGGAUCCCCACUGGUCUAUUGAAGCAUAGUCAAGCCAUAAUCAAGGCCUAUGUUGCUGAUGUGACCCCGCCCACCCAGCGUCCAGCAGCCCUUGGUACAUUAAAUGCCAUUUGCAGUUCAGGGUUCAUCAUUGGUCCUGUAAUAGGUGGCCAUAUUGCAAUGAGCCAGUUUGGGUUUCAAAAAGUAGCAACUAUCACAGGUUUGAUUUUUUUCUGCAACUCCAUAUUUGUGUUAUUUUUUGUUCCUGAUACGGAGGUUGAAUUGUCCUCUUCAGACUGCUCUUCUAAUAAUGAAAAGGUUGACGGUUGCGAUGGAGGUCAAGGUAACGACAAUAAACCUAGCCUCAACAAAACUGAAGCCGUCGGUGCUGUCGAUGCAAAGAAGAAUGAGUCGAAUACAGUAUUGCAGUCCGCUUCGGAAUUUGUAACAGCUAUAAGGCAAGUUCCAUGGGCGAGUGUUGCCGAUAUUUUUGUUGUGCGAUUUCUCUCAAGUUUGUCGAUGAUUAUUUUCCGAAGCAGCUUUAAUUUGAUUUUAGAGUAUCGGCAUUCGACUUCACCGAAAACGAAUGGCUAUAUUAUGUCGUACAACGCUAUCUUGGGAGUAGUGAGUGGAAUGAGCGUUGGCUGGAUAGCAAAGUUUUUCCGUUCCCCCGAGUCAAUGCAUCGUUUUUUUUCGGUCACGCUUGUCUUUGCGUUAACGUCGAUAUCUUUUGCUCCGAACAUCGUUUACAUCAUUAUUGCCUUGAUUCCCUUAUGUAUAUCGACUUCAAUUUUGAGAGUUACCAGUGCAACUCUGAUGUACAAGAAAGGCGGGGAGGCGGAAAAGGGCCUACUUACUGGUUUGAGUGACUCAUUCAUGUCAAUGGCGCGUAUGAUAGGACCCACUGUUGGUGGGAUUGCACAGGACAUUAACAUUUACGGGCCUGGUAUUGUUAGCUCGUUUCUUGCAGGCUUCGGGACUCUCCUUGCGUUUGUAUUUGAUCUGGGAAAAGAUAAUGCAUUAUCUAAGAAGAAGACAUCAUAAUUUUUAAUAUUUGCAACUUUAGCUUUAGAUACUAUACUGGGAUAAUUUGAUUUGUAAUUAUAUAAUGGAUCUGUAUAGCAAAAUUCGAGUAAAUAUCUAUUUAAAUUUUAAUAUGCAAGUUGAUGUGUUGCUGUUUUGUAUAUACAUCUGAACUUCACAAAACCAUGACCUCUUUAAUGGGAAUUUUAUCAUAAUUCAGUAUUACACUAGUUGAAUUUUCUGAACAGUUUUAUCGUAGAGACCAUUUUGAAAAUUAAGAAGAUUAUUGCUAUAGAUUGACGUUUUCAGGAUAACUGAUAGUUAAUCUAAGUUAAUCUAAAAAGAGUUAUUCUAUUUACCAAACCGAUGUUCGUAUAUCAGCAGUUAUUUUAAUGGAAAUGCAUUUAUUUGUAUAUUAGUAGAAUCACUGGUUUUUCAAAUAUCUGUCCUUGUGUAGGUCACUUCAAAUUUUUCACAUAUUGGUCUCUGUUGUAUUUGAUACUAUUACUUCAAGUGUCUGAUAAUUCGACCGCCUGAUAGAACAAAUUUUACCAAGCAUGAAAGUUUUUUCCUUCGUGAUUGCUCUUACUUUGGGAAACACUUGAUGAUUAAAACUUUCGAUAAUUCGAAUAAAUGUUGCUUUUACGUGAAGGUUUGCAUUAUCAGGCAUCAGCUGUGAAGUACGUUUAUUAUUAGUUUAAGGUUUCUUUGUUUGUUUGUUUUAGUUUGUUGGUAAUUAUGAACGAUGUAUUUCAUCAGUAUUCUAGGCAGAGGACUCAGUUCACUGCCAUACGAUGAACAAAUUUCGUUCAAUGCAAUGGGAUUAAUAUCGUCUUCUUCUUCUUCUUCUCCUUUUUCUUCUUCUUCUUCUUCUUCUUCUUCUUCAUCUUCUUCUUCUUAUUUUUCAUCUUUUUCUUAUUCUUCGUCUUUUUUGUAUUUUACCUGCUUCUUUGUAUCUUCUCCCUUUUGUUUCUUCUUCUCUUAAUUUUCUCCUUUUCGUUUUGUCUAUUUCUCUUUCUCCUUGUUGGUAGAGAAUGUUACACGGUUUUCACGUUUUCUGGUCUAACAAAGAAGUUACUUGUGUUCUUCAGAGCCAGGCUUUGCCUAGCUUUUUGGUUGCUCGCGAACUUUUUGAUAUCUUUAAAGAAAAGGUCGUCAUGUCGCCUUUGCAUUAAACGAAGAACUCUUUUAGUUUUUGUGUUCAUAUUCUAUUAUUGGACUAGCCCUGCUUCUUGUGACAAAAAACAGGUUUGAAUUAGAGCAUCAAUGCAUUAAUUUGAAUUAUACACAGACGAGCUUUUUGUUUAUGACUUCCCCGCUCACGAUGGAAUUUUGUGUAAUGCUGCCUAAGGACAUAAUGAGAAUCUGACGGAAAAUUCAACAAAAAAAUGGCUGUUCCUCUCUCGUGGAAGAAGAAGCGAUAACUUGCUGUUCUAGGAAAAAACCUUGCUGAAGUUACAUGUAAUAAAUAUUAGGAAAGACCCGAAAAAUGUGAGAAGCACACUUGAUCACGUACAUACAUACAUGACAUCAGAAACUGUUUUGUGUAUUGGCAGACAUGCACAGCAGUAACAUUUGUUCUGUUCUCAACCGCCAACCAACAGUUUCACAGUCUUUAAAUUGCAAGCCAGCGAUUCAAGGAAGGAAGCUGUUGGUGUGCGGCUCCCUACUGUAUGUCUAUGGCUAUUGUUCGACACCACACCUGGAGCGUAAUUAUUGAUAAGUAAGUUUGGGUGCCUUCUUGUCGUUGUGAUUUUCGCGCACUGAGCUCUAAAAACUGAUAAUUCCCUAUUUAAUUAAGGCCCUAGGCUUCAAUUUUCUGUUUUAGCAUCCUGUUCUCUUGACAAGAACUCAAUUUCUUUUAACGCACUGUAUCCGAUCACUGACGUACCCACUCAUUGCUUAUUACGGUUUCCAUAAGCUAUUUAAGCUGUUUGCAAACUAAGAAUCUUUCUCGUCAGUUUAUCAGUGUUAUUGUUGCUGCUGUUGUUGUUGUUGUUGUUGCUGUUGUUUUCUAAAGUAUGUGGAUGAUAGAUCAGUAGCAGAGGGUUUGGUAGAUAUCGAAUAUGCAGUGCAUAGUGUAGUUUUCACUAAAUAAUAUUUUAGACAUCGAAUUUUGCUGUAGUUAAGACAGAAUAAUAUUUUAGACAUCCAAUAUGCAGAACAUAGUGUAGUUUGCACCGAAUAAUAAAAGACAUCGAAUACGCAGUAAUUGGUGUUAUUACUCUGAAUAAUAUUUAAUUGUAUUGCAAACGAAAUGACAACCACGUUUCAGCAGCGAUAUGCAUGGAUGAAGCCUUCAUCAUCAAGGUAUAUAGAUUUAUAAGCAACAGAUAGUGAAAUGGGCCUACUUUUGCGUAUCAUAACGAAAACCUAUCAUUUGCACGACUACGUUUCUUCGACAUACAAAUUGAACCUAGUUUGAGUGACAGGGAGACCUAAUUGCACAAAUCAUACAGAUUCAUCCUUACUAAUUGUAUUCAUCCUAUUAACCCGCCAUCUUGCUGGCACUCUAACUGUACGAUCUGCAGGUGGUUUGACUCAAGUGGUCUUUGGCUUUCCGCGUUCUCAGGUUAGAGUGACUCUAUUAUGAAAAUGCACAGCUGCGGGUCUAGAAAGCUUGGACCGCAAACGGAUUUUCGCCAUUUCAAUUUAAACCUCCAAAAAAUCACAAAAAUUAAAUGUCAAGCAAUUGAAUGCCUACAUUUAGUCAUUGUUCGACGUUCAUAAUCUGAGAAGUGUUGAUCGAAAAGUACCUUAUUAUGCUCUGUGUCUGCUUUUACGCACAAUUUUCAAAUUUUGCCCUGCCAAAAGCUUUUUUGAAUGUAAUUUUGAUAUAUUUGGAUUGCCAAAGCCCAAAAUUUGGUCUCUUUGUAUGGAGAAGAAACAAUUUGGUUCGUGUUUUAUCCACCAUUGAAAUGUAAACUGACAUUGAAAUGUCAGUUUUUACUUUGCAGCUCAAAUUCUAUGAACAGAAUUAUAAAUGUUAUAAGUUCGAACACCAUUUGAGCACUCGAAAAAACUCGUUUCAAAAAACUAGUUUUUAUUGUGUGGUUGUCAUUCAAAAUGAUAAAUCCAAUUUUCAUCUUUCGUGCUUUUCAUAGUUUUUCGUUAAAUCUCAACUGACAAAGGAAACUGAUGAUUUUUGAUUUUGUAGAAAUAAUCUGUAAAUUUGAUUUAUCUUUGUAUGAUUGCAAUUUGCUCUAAACCUUAGCUUAACUUAACUUAGCUUAACUUCCUUUAACUUAGCUUAACUUAGCUUAACCUAGGUUAACUUAACUCAGCUCAACUAACUUAACUAACCUAACUCAACUUAACUUUACUUAGCUUAACUUAACUUAACUUAACUCAACUUAACUUAACUUAACUUAGCUUAACUUAACUUAGCUUAACUUAGCUUUACUUAGCUUCACUUAACUUAGCUUAACUUAGCUUAACUUAACUAAGCUUAACUUAUCUAGAACACUUUUUAGUUUAUUGCUUGUUUUAAUUGUUAAACAAGAAAAAUUAAAUCGGGGCAUUGACAUUCUACUCGACUUUCUUUUUUCUAGAAAGUCGGUUUUUCAUAGCAAUAUUCAAUAACCUUUCUAACUUUUCUGAAAUCUCUCUUUGUCUUUUACAAACUAUCGACGUCUUAUACUUGAUUUAGUUGAAAAUUUUCAAAAAAUUUCGCAAAAGUCCAAUCUCUUGCAUAAUUUUGCUCACUUGAAUCCCCAAUAUUGGUAUCAAUAUAUUAUAUAAUUUCUAAUUAAGACGAAUGAAUAAAUUAACAAAAUUCUUUCCACAUUCUUAGACCUAUUGUACUGACGUUAAAUUCUAUUCAUUGCAGUGGAUUUUUUCAUUAAGUUUCGAUUCAAUGUUAUCCUUCCAUGGAGGACGAAAUUUCAACCGAAGUCCACGAAAAGCAUUACCCCCUACGUUUGUCCGACUCUAUGAAAACCCUUUCCAACGUUUUACAGAAACUACCAUCUUUCGCUACUUCGCACAAAGUUAUUUUUUAAACAAUGCCUCUAUCUCUCUGUUAUCAACAUUUGACAUGUUACAAUGGAACCUUUAUUGUGGCACUAAGACCUCCUCUGUUCUUCCAGGGAGGGUUCUAAUAUGUUUUUUCUGCGUA